AAGUGCUUAUUGCUUUUGAUUACAUUUGAAUUCUGUUCUUCGUGCUUAGAUCUUAAUCUUUGUUUUGAUUCCUUCUGCUGCUUUUCUUUUGUUUUAAUAUUACGCAAUCGUUUCAUUCUGGAGCAAAUUCAAUUUUUUUUUUCUUUUUUGAUUUUCUAUGUGGUUGAAUUUUUUAACUUUGUGUGCCUGUUUGUAUAUUAGAUUUUUUUUUAAUAGUAAUUUAUUCCAAUUAGAAUUUAAUUUGCUUCUCAGUAUUGAAUUUGCGCUUAUUGAUAUCUUGGAUUUCGAUAUUCAUAUUGUCUGAUCGGGUGAUGGAAUAUUAUAUGAUCGGAUCUGGAAAAUGAACUUAGGACUGACAGUUGUAAUGCAUGUUUGUUGAACUUCAAUAAUUUUGUUAUUGAGGGAGAGAGAGCGAAAAUGUCAGGCGGUGGUAAGCAGAACAGCUUGAGGAAAGCACUUGGAGCCCUCAAGGAUACUACUACAGUUUCAUUGGCCAAAGUCAAUAGUGAUUACAAGGAAUUGGACAUUGCUAUAGUCAAAGCUACGAAUCACGUUGAGCGCCCUGCAAAGGAAAAACACAUCAGAGCGAUCUUCGCUGCUGUUUCAGCUACUAGACCACGGGCUGAUGUUGCUUACUGCAUCCAUGCUCUUGCCAGAAGGUUAUCAAAGACACAUAAUUGGGCGGUUGCGCUGAAAACUCUAAUUGUUAUUCAUCGUGCUCUGAGAGAAGUGGACCCCACAUUUCAUGAAGAGCUCAUUAAUUAUGGAAGAAGCAGAAGCCAUAUGCUUAACUUGUCUCAUUUCAAAGACGAUUCCAGUCCAAAUGCAUGGGAUUAUUCUGCAUGGGUUCGAACUUACGCCUUAUUCUUGGAGGAGAGGCUGGAAUGCUUUCGUGUUUUGAAGUAUGAUGUUGAGACUGAUCGCCCAAGGACCAAAGAUUUGGAUACUGCUGAGUUGCUUGAGCAGUUGCCUGCACUGCAACAGCUUCUUUUCCGUGUUCUUGGUUGCCAGCCACAAGGGGCAGCAGUUCAUAACUUUGUGAUUCAGUUAGCCCUUUCGAUGGUUGCUUCAGAAAGUGUCAAGAUUUAUCAAGCUAUUAGUGAUGGUACAGUUAAUCUGGUUGACAAGUUCUUUGAGAUGCAACGACAUGAUGCUAUGAAAGCUCUGGAUGUAUAUAGGAGAGCUGGGCAGCAGGCAGAGAGACUAUCAGAAUUUUAUGAAAUUUGUAAAAGUUUUGAUAUUGGGCGUGGAGAGAGGUUUAUUAAGAUUGAGCAGCCCCCUGCAUCAUUUUUGCAAGCCAUGGAAGAGUACGUGAGAGAUGCUCCCCGGGUUUCAACAGUUCGCAAAGAUCCAGUGGGGGACAAUAAAAUUGCUGCCCCUAAGGAAGUGUUGGCCAUCGAGUACAAAAAGACCCCAGAGGAGGAGGAACCACGUCCUCCAUCUCCACCUCCACCUGAACCAGUAAAAGUGGAAGCACCUGUUGCUGAACCACCAGAUUUGCUGGGUUUGGAUGAUCCUGUUACAGAUACCACGGCAUUAGAUGAGAAGAAUGCUAUGGCUUUGGCCAUUGUUCCGAUUGACCAACCGGCUUCUACUGCUCCAACUCUAGCAAAUGGAACGACAGGUUGGGAAUUGGCACUUGUUACAGCUCCUAGCUCAAAUGAAAGUGCCACAGCUGCUAGCAAACUGGCGGGAGGGCUUGACAAACUUACACUAGACAGCCUCUAUGAUGAUGCAAUCAGAAGAAGCAACCAGAACACAAGCUACAACCCAUGGGAACCAACUCCGAUGGCUGGUGGCAUGAUGCAGCAGCCAGUACAUGAUCCGUUUUUUGCCUCCACUAUUGUGGCAUCGCCACCUUCUGUUCAAAUGGCAGCUAUGGCCAACCAGCAGCAGGCUUAUAUGUUGCAGCAACAACAGCAGAUGAUGAUGAUGGGCCCUCAACAACAAUCUGCAAAUCCUUUUGGCAACCCUUAUGGAGCCACCGUUCAUCCCUAUGGUCCGGGUAUGCCUGUUCAAGCAUAUAAUCCACAUACAGGCCUCAUCUAAGAUGGUUUAUUCUCAGAACGCAUUCUUUAUCAAGCAACACGGGGAAGGAAGGAGAGUGGAAGAUAGUUUUGGAUUUUCAAGAAUGGGAACUUGGAAGAGGUGAUGAAUAUGUACCAUAUGUUGUGUAUGUGCAGUAGUCGGCUAGGAUUGAGAUUCUUUUUUUAAUAAAUAGCCAGAGGGAGGGUUUGGAUAUUUGUUAAUCACCCUGAAGAUUUGUAAUGAUGUUCUUCAGACUACAUUAAUUAUUUUUUUUUUUAACACCUGCUUUAUUGUUGUUCUUGUCGCUCAAGCAGGAAAUCUUGUAGUUGACUUUUUUUUUUUUUUUUUCCUCCCUCCCUUGAGGUUCUUUAUAAAUUUAUAGGAAUUAUUUGUAAUAUGUGAUACGAGACCUCAAAAUUUGAUUUUUUGCAUUUGGUUACAA